AUGAAGGCUGUAGCUCUCUUCAUUUGUCUUGUAGGAUCAGCUUUUGCUCUUCCAACUGAAGAUAAGCAUCCUGAAGCCCCAAAGGAAGAGAACAUUGGGUAUGUUGACAAGGGUGAUUUGCUGCCCAGUCACAAAAAUCUAAAACCAGAGGUAUCAGCACCAGAUGAUGAGCACAGGGAUGGGCCCCAGACCACUAGAAGACAAAGAACUAGUAGCGAGUAUCAAGUGAAAAAUAGCCUAAAAAGUAUCAAUUUCCUUGAGCUGCACAAUAAAGCAGGUUUGGCUUCUGACAACCAGGACAGUGACUCUGGAAGCAGCGGCAGAGAACAGUCCAGCUCUGAGCAUUACCAGUUCAGGAGGCAUGAGAAACACAGCAAUACAGCCAAUCCACACCUUCUGGGCCAUGGAGAAAACCCACUGGAUGCUCUCAGUCUUGAGAGUGAGCAUAACACAUGGAAAUAUAAUAAAAAUACAGUUGGUCUCUCUGAAGAAAGCAGUGAAAGUGAUGAAGAAGGAGGUAUGGAAGAAGAGGAUGAGGAAUGGGGAGAAGAAACCAAUUACAGAGAUAUGAAGCACAAAGGUCACCAAGGUAACCGAUAUAAAAGAGAGCAAAAUGAAGACAGUAUGCAAUCUGAUGAAAUCCCAAGAGAUUCCAGUCAACCAAUCCAGAUAACCAAGAGACACGGUGAGAAAUUUGACCUAGAGGAAGAAGAGAGGGAAAACAGCCAGAAGCCUUAUGGAGAAGAAAUCCUCCUCUCUCAAAAAACCCAGAAUGACAAACAACAAAGCCAAGAGAAGACAGACAAUAUUCAAGUAAACUAUCAGAGUGAUCAUGACACAGUGGUGAAAAGACAAGAUACAGAGGACAGUAACGUUGAUGAUGAUGAUGAUAGUCAUGACAGUGGUGAUGUUGAUGGCAAGGAAGAUCUCAGCAAUACUUGGAAAGAAGAAGCCUAUGAGGAAGAAGAGAAAAUCCAUAGUAACCACCAGAAGAGCACUAGUACUGAGCAUGAAGGGGAAGGAACCACUGAUGAUGACACUGUAGUUGAUAGAGAGACCAAGGAUCACCAUGAUGUCAAGAUUAAAGGCCUUAUUCUCUCUGAACAAGAUGAUUACGAUCAUGAGCCACCUAAUUCUGACAGCAAGCAACAACUGGAAAAAAGUAGCUCUGUUCAGAGCAUGAAUUCAAUGGGAGGGGAAGAUAAGGUUAAGACUACAGGCAGUUCCUAUGGUGAGAUGCAAAGUGAAACCAACAGGAGUGAGAACCCUUUCCUAGACCCAUGUAGGAACUUCCACUGCAAAAGAGGUAAAGUCUGCCAUGCAGACAAACAAGGCAAACUCAGCUGUAUUUGCCAAGAUCCUGCUGCUUGCCCUUCCACCAAAGACUAUGAGCGUGUUUGUGGUACAGAUAAUAAGACUUAUGAAGGCACAUGUCAACUUUUUGGCACCAAAUGUCAACUUGAAGGGACAAAAAUGGGACGUCAGCUGCACCUGGACUACAUGGGCUCCUGCAAAUACAUCCCCCACUGUACUGAUUAUGAAGUGGAUCAGUUCCCCCUCAGGAUGCGAGACUGGCUCAAAAACAUCCUUAUGCAAUAUUAUGAACGUGAUCUGGAUACUUCUGGAUACCUCACUGAAAAGCAGAGGAGUAAGGUCAAAAAAAUCUACGAGAAUGACAAGCGCCUCAAGGCUGGUGACCAUGCAGUUGAGCUGCUCCUGCAUGACUUUGAGAAGAAUUAUCACAUGUAUGUGUAUCCUGUGCACUGGCAGUUUCACCAGCUUGAUCAGCACCCUGUUGACAGGUUAUUAACACACUCAGAGCUCGCGCCUUUGAGAGCCUCCCUUGUUCCCAUGGAACACUGCAUAACCCGCUUCUUCCAAGAGUGUGAUGGAGACCAAGACAAAUCCAUUGCUUUGAAGGAAUGGUGCCACUGCUUUGGGAUUAAGGAAGAAGACAUAAAUGAGAAUCUCCUGUUCUGA